AUGGAAAAGACUUGCGUCGUCAUCGCAGGUGCAGGCCCGGUAGGGUUAUUCACGGCCUAUCUCCUCGCCAGCCAAAAGAUUGAGUGCAUUAUUCUAGAGAAACGCCACAACAUAUCAGAACACCCGAAAGCCCACACCAUCAACCCGUCGACGCUCGAAAUCUUCCACCAAGCUGGUUUGGAUGUGGCCUACAUCCGGCGACAGGCAGCCAACCCUACAGAUGCCGGACAGGUUCGGCUCGUUUACGGACUAGCAGAUGCCGAGAUUGGCUGCUUCCCGUACGAACGUCAAGACGACGAGAUGCGCAACUUGACGGCUGAACCCUUGGUGAACUGGCCGCAGCCGCAGCUGGAGCGACUGCUUGAGAAGGCCGUACUAGAGACGGGCCUCGCUCAAAUCAGGAGAGGGUGGCAGGUCGACUCCGUCGACAUCACCGACACAGAAGAAGCUGGCUGUGUCGUCUCGUGCAGCACUUCCACUGGACGAGGAAAUGACGCCAGCACCAUGAGACAAAUCAUUCAGGCCGACUUCACCAUCGGGGCCGACGGCGUAAACUCGACCGUGCGAGAAAAGACAGCCGGCAUCGACUUCCAAUCCAUGGGACCAGGCCACGUCUACCAGUCUAUCGUGUGCAAAGGCAGUCUUCGCGCGGCGCUUCCGCCGGGUCGCGAGGCCAUGCUCUACUUUUGCUUCCACCCAGAGCACCCCAGCGAGUUCAUCGCACACAACCUCGACGACUCCUUUGUCCACGUCACGCCCGUCAUGGGCCCCGCUUCAGAGGCCCCGCCAAUCGAGGCCUGUCUCCCAGGUAUGCAGUACUCAGAGGUCCUCCGUACCACCUGGGAGACGGCACCGCGCGUGGCAUCAUCAUACAGCGACGCCAAGCACCGUGUCUUUCUCGUGGGGGAUGCCGCGCACAGCUUGCCGCCUCAAGGUGGUCUAGGCCUCAACACGGGUAUCGCGGACGCACACAACCUGGUAUGGAAGCUGUCUUCCAUCGUCAAUGGAAAAGGUACCCCAAACCUUCUCGCCAGUUUCACGCGCGAGCGCAGACCCGUCGCACUCGCGAAUCUCGAGUACUCCAAGGCCAGCGAGGCGGCAUUCUACUCCGUCAGUACCUCUCUUGUUGGCCUCGCUAUUCAGUUCCAAGAAGCAAAGGCACAAGAAGCUCCGGAAUCGGAUCUCACCAUGGACGCAUUCCUUCAACGGCGCGCCGUUUCCGCUGCGGCAGGGGGUGCUGUCAAGGAGGCGAGUAGACACUUUGACUCGCUUGCGCUCCAGCUCGGAUUCAUCUACGACGAUCCAGCUUCUACAAAAGCUUUGCUUGAUGACCCGACGGUCUAUGUGCCGCAGGCAUGUCCUGGGGCUAGGCUGCCGCAUGGAAACACGAGUAAUGGGCUGUCCCUCUUGGAUCUCGUGCCCUAUGAUCGAUUUACCGUGCUGCACCAUGCAAAUCCCGCAUUCGCGUCUUGCGACUGGGCUUUAGAUGUGGCAAGCCUCGGCUUACCUGAGAGUUGGUACGGUGUCGUACUGGAUAUCAAGGCGGGUAAAGGGAUUGUUGUGAGGCCGGAUCACCGUGUACUGGUGCAUGUAGAUGGUCCGGGGCAAGCGGACGACGCGGUUAAAGACUACCUGGAUCAUGGCAAAGUGUAA